CCACAUUGACUGUCUCUCCCAACCGAUCCCAGUUCUUUCCCUAUGACACCAUUAACCUCACCUGUGUGUCAGACUCCAUUGGCUGGACGGUAAAGAGGACAACUAAAAAUGUCCCUGAGGAGAAAUGCAAGUUCGGCUGGGCCAUCCCUAAAGAAUCGUCUUGCAUCAUUGAGAAGGCGUACCGUUCUGACACUGCUGUGUACUGGUGUGAAUCUCAACAAAGAGAUUGCAGCAACAAGGUCAAUCUCACUGUAACCGACACAACAGUUAUCCUCGAGAGCCCCCCGUUCCCUGUUGUUGAAGGUGAAAAUGUCACACUUGGAUGUUCCUACAAAGAAGAAGAUGAUGAAAGGUCUACUUCAGAUUUCUUUGGCGAUUUCUACAAAGAUAAUAUUUUCAUAGGUAAAAAUAAACCUGCAAAAAUAACUAUAAAAGCAAAGGAAGGUUUCUACAAGUGUCGACAUCCUUCUAAAGGAGACUCCCCAAAGAGCUGGCUGGCAGUCAGAGAAGCCCCUGCUACCACUUCUCUUCAUCCAACAUCCAUACCUUGGAACAGAGUAGUUAUUGGCACCCUGCUCUUCAUCCUCUACAACAUCAUACUUAUCCUAUGUAUAUAUGUGUACCGGCAAUGGGCUCGAGCCCGGAUGGAUGCUAAGAGGACAGCUGCUGAUCAUAUUGUGAUGGACUGAAAACAAUACCAAAAACAUCAAAUGAGUAUUCCACUUCCAUUACACAUCUUAUGAAGAAUUUGACUUUGGAGAGUUCAGACCCAAUAAGCAUGAAAUAGGCUCCAAUAGAAUAUAAACACCAAAAAGAUUUAACUUCAGUCUAAUUGUAAGUAGGAAUCAAUACUUCUUAAACAGAAUUACAGGAGCAACAAGCUAAAUUUUUUUAUUGUAGACAAUUAGAUUUUCCAAAAAGUUUUGCGAGGAAGUAAAAAUGGAAUAUUGUAAGACAUCACAAACCAGCUCUUUUAGUUGUUUUUCAGUCUCUUGUCAGCGUUCACAUCAAAUGUUAGAUUGUGAAAUAUCGUUUUGGGGGACUCUAGGGCCUUUGUCUUCUAAGCUUUAAGCGGUUCUGCAUUCUGUCGCAAUUGUAAUAUUUUCCUGUUAUGUUUUAAAACAUGUUUUUUUAUCACUUGUUUAGCCGCAAUAUGAAUAUUGAAAUGAUGGCACCCAAUACCUUUUUUUGGAAACGUCUUGUGAACAUUGUUUUUUUUCUACAGUAGGUUAUCAGGGGUGGAUCCAGGAUUUUCAAAAGGAUGUGCGCACAUAAGGCUUAUGUCAAGACAAUGUGAAGCUAAAUCAGUGUUUCUCAACUGGGGGUCGCGUACUCUUAGUGGUCCGUGAGGGUAUUGCAAGGUGUACAUGAAAGUCUUUUCUUAGGUGGAUCUGUUCUGCUUUGUUAAGACCCAAUUGAAAAAUUAA